GCGAUGCAAUGGCUUUAAAUUUGGCGUGCCUGCCGCAGAUUACACCACUCUCACGAUGAACGGCUGCUAUAACACAAUAAAGUACACGGGCCUGCUCUGCAAUCUGCUCUAUAUGCUUCUGGGCAUAGGAGUGAUGUCUGGAGCAGGACUAGGACUGCAGAUAGCGGAGCCUAACACGCCGGAGCACACGUAUUUCGUGAAGAGUCUGGUCUUGGGCGGCGCCAUCUGCCUGAUCGUGAUGUUCGGAUGCUAUGGCAUGGUCGCCAACUUGCUGUGUGUCAAUCUGAUUUUCACCAUAUUCAUACUGAUUGCUCUGGCAGCGGAGUACCUCCAGCUGCACCACUAUCACAGCCCGUCCCUCAGGAGCUCUGGUGGCGCCUGGCAGCAGCUGGAACUGGCUUGGCAUGGUCUGGACAGAGAACCCGAGCUCAUGCACCAAUACGAGGCCUCCCAGCACUGCUGCGGCUACAAUGGAGCCGACGAUUACAAGCGGCUGCAUCUGCUGGUGCCAGCGAGCUGUUAUCAGGCCACUGGUAAUGCCACCGCCCCGCAGAUCUAUCCAAGCGGCUGCCUAGAGACGCUGAACCGCAGUCAGCGGUACAUCCAGCACCGCGAUAAGCUCUAUAUGUGGGUCAUCGUUGGCCUUGAGAUCUUCAUACUGCUGCAAACCAUGACGUUAAGUGUGCUGCUCUUCCGCCUGCGGCAGCGGCAGCGCAUCGCUCGAAGACAGGUGCCUCCAGGUGUGCGGCGGGAGCCGCGCUCCAACCAUGUGUCCGCCUCUCGGGCGCACUUACUGCAUGACGCCUGACUUAAGAUCUUAUGAAAACUUGGGUUUAUUGGUUAUCCACAAAUGCUUAGCCAUAAAUGUCAUUCGUAAUUAGUAGGUGUAAAGACGGGUCUUGUUGGUCAGCUGGCAGCACAAGGUGAUUCCCAAGAUGAUGCCUACGACCUGUAAUAAAAGAAACAAGGCGUUGCAGUUGGCAUUUACAACGUCUCAGUUCUCAACCAUUUUGUUUGCAAACUGACAGCUUUGCCCACCUCGUAGCCAAUAAGUCCGCAGUGAACCCACUUCUCGUAACGAUACAUCUGCAGGUAGGCUCGCUUCACGGCGGCCAUGCAGCCCUCCGCAUACGGAUACAAGGCGUGAAUGCCGUCCUUGGUGUGGAAACAGCUGCGCGGCUCCUUCAUGUUGAGGCUCGUGUAGUCGGAGACGCCCUUGUCACCACAGCACUCGUACUGGAAGAGGGAAAAGAGCGUAUUUAGGGGUCGUAGGGCGAUCGCAUUGGGGAGGAGCCACCUUCUGCUGCAAGUCCUGCAUGGCGCCUUGGUGAACCAGCUCCUUCAUCCAGAGAUCCAUCACGUACACCUCAGUGGCGUCCAGCUGCUUGGUCUCAUUGUAGUGGGACACUUUCCAGAUGUGCAAGACUAUCAGAACCAGGAGCACAACCAGGUUCUGAAAACCAAGGCGUUCAAAGUUCCCACCAAUCGACAAAUUAUCUGCUCUGGUUACUCACCACCACCAUCACCUUGAUGGAACCGAAUAUGGCUCCCAGGCAACCGACUAAGCCGGCCAGGAUCAGCGCACCUGCCAUUCCCAGUUGGAUGAACUUUUCCACGUGCUCCGCGGAGCCCUCGCUGAACUGAUCCAGCUCAUAGACGCCGGCCAGGGCUGCCAGGAUGCCAACGAUCUGGAUGGGUAUUAAGAUUAUGAAUUAUGCCUGCGCACACUAAGCGUUUGUUAAUGGCCCAUGGAAUGGGCAAACAAAAUCUUCAGAGACAAACUUUCGACGCGCGGCAUACGUCAUCGGGCAGCGAGAAGAACCAAAAUAAAAACAAAACGGACGCAGAUAUAAAUUAAAUUACUUUGGGCUUUAUUUUUAAAUGGCACAUACACAGCUUCCUUUCUUGUUGCUGUCGCUUUGAAUGUGCCGAAAAUGCGCCUGCCCAACAAAAGUAGGCAUUACGGGCGCGGAGUGACAUGUUGUCUGGUGGAAAUGGAAAAUGGAAAAUUUGAAUGGGAUUUGUUUGCUGCCAAAUUGGCCAGCUACUCGGCAGCAAGAAAUUACAAGCGGCAAUGAAAAACGGGCCCAGAAUGCAAGACACUUUAUGAUCGUGCUUUGACAGAAUGCCAGCGAGUUAAUUCUGAAUCGAGAUUUCCAUCGGCAAGUGCUUCAUUACUCAUACGCAGUGUGUGCCUCAAGAAACAUCUGCAUUGAAAUUAUCAAGGCACAGUGACAAUUAUCGCUUGGCCAGAGGCUAUCAUGGAAAGUUUAUGCUGGCUAAUGAGGCGCAUUUCCCGGAGAUAUCUCCCUUACCAACGUCAGCGCACUGAAGACAACCGAGGUCCAUUGCAGGCACACGCGAACCGUGGGCAUUUUCACUUGCGAGUGCAGCUUUGUCCUUAAAUCAAUCUCAUUCAGAGCUCAUUCGAGCGGCGGGUCCAGGCGGCGGACGCGUUUCCCGGAAAAUUCGCUUUCCACUCUCGACCGUCUGUGCGUGGCGGUGACCGAACCGUUAGUGCCGUCGGACGUCGGACGUGGGCCGGGCCAAAAUAAAGCGAAACCCGAAAAAGCGCUAAGAAGCUGCGAACUGUUUACAAAUCCGCCGAGUGGCCGUCCGUGUCCGCAUCCGUGUCCGCCUCGGUCUCGGUCUCCGUUUCGGCGUUUCGUGUGCCGGUCGUUACUCAGGAGACCGGCGUUCACCAGACCUCGUUGGCCCCCGCCUCUUCCGCCCCACACUGAGAGAAAUACUUAAUUGCUAAUUAUAUA